UGGCGGUUAGGCUUGCCAAUCCUCCCGGAGUAAACACCGCCCUCCCGAGUUGGCAUCCCUCUGAGCGCCCUCCGGCUUUCUUGUCUCCCUCGCAGCAGCCUACCCCCCCCCCGCCCCAAUUCCCUUCUCCGGCUCUCGUCACCCCGCCUUCCCUCCCUCCCUCGCCCGGCCGCGUUUGGCCUUGUCGGCGAAGCGAAGCGGUCUGGCGGCGGCUGUGGUGGGGACUCUCCAAAGCCAGUCGGCUCGGCCCGUUCGCUCUUCCUCCCCGUCUUCUUCAAGGGGGCCCCUGGUGGCCUCGAGGAGAAACCACGGGCGUUCUGGGCCGGUGGGGGCGGCGGCAGGUGGGGGCCACUGCUGCUGCCGCCGCGAGCCCCGCCCCUCCAGCAGAAAUGUCCAUUCUGAAAGAUGUGCUGCAAGACUUCAUUUGUGUUUGACUAUUGGUACUUAAAACUGGAAAGGAAAAUACAUAAUGGCAGUUCUCCAUCCUCUUGUGUCACCAGUGGUGGCUGAGCUGAAAUUUCCUGCAUCCUAAAGAAGAGUAUGUAUAAAAGGAAUGGCCUCAUGGCCAACGUGACAGUGACCUCCGCCACACCAGAGGGCAGCAGCAGUUCUGACUCUCUGGAAGGACGGAGUUCAGAUUAUGCCCAUAAAAGCUAUGAUGCAGUUGUGUUUGACGUAUUGAAAGUAACUCCAGAGGAGUUUGCAAGUCAGAUUACAUUGAUGGAUAUGCCUGUGUUUAAAGCUAUUCAGCCAGAGGAACUAGCAAGUUGUGGAUGGAAUAAGAAAGAAAAACACAUCCUUGCCCCCAAUGUUGUUGCCUUUACAAGGAGGUUUAAUCAGGUCAGUUUCUGGGUCGUACGAGAAAUUUUAACAGCACAGACAUUAAAAAUAAGGGCAGAAAUAUUGAGCCAUUUUGUGAAAAUAGCAAAGAAACUUCUAGAACUGAACAACCUUCAUUCCCUCAUGUCUGUGGUAUCAGCUCUGCAAAGCGCACCUAUUUUCAGACUGACGAAAACCUGGGCACUUUUGAAUCGCAAAGACAAGGCCACCUUUGAGAAGCUAGACUACUUAACGUCUAAGGAAGAUAAUUAUAAGAGGAUGCGGGAAUAUAUCAGAUGUUUAAAGAUGGUCCCCUGUAUUCCUUAUCUAGGGAUUUAUUUGUUGGAUUUAAUCUACAUUGAUUCAGCAUAUCCUGCUUCAGGCAGCAUCAUGGAGAACGAACAAAGAUCCAAUCAAAUGAACAAUAUCCUUCGAAUAAUUGCUGAUUUGCAAGUCUCCUGUAGCUAUGAUCACCUUAUAACGUUACCCCAUGUGCAAAAAUACUUAAAGUCUGUCCGGUACAUUGAAGAGCUUCAAAAGUUUGUGGAAGACGACAACUACAAAUUAUCCUUAAGAAUUGAGCCAGGAAACAGCUCUCCGCGACUGGUAUCUUCAAAGGAAGAUCUUGCAGGUCCGUCAGAGGUGUCAGCAGCUAUGAGGUUCAGCAGGAGACCAACUUGUCCUGAUGCCUCGGUGGCAGCCAGCCUGCCAACUCCUCCUGUACCACGACACAGGAAGAGUCACAGCCUGGGAAACAAUAUGAUGUGUCAGUUCAGUGUAGUUGAAAGUAAAAGCGCAACGUUCCCAACAGAGAAACCACGCCACCUGCUGGAUGACAGUGUGCUAGAGUCCCACAGUCCUGUCAGAAACAACACAUUAAACUCUGUUUUCACCAAUGGUAUUUCCAUAGGAAGCAGUGAAAGCUCAGAAUUUAGUGAGGAGCCUUCUUCAGGACUUGAAAGGGGUCGGUUGUACGCCACGCUGGGGCCCAACUGGCGGGUACCAAUUCGGAAUUCUCCCAGAAGUCGGAGCUGUGUCUACAGUCCAACAGGUGCCUGCAGCUGCGCAUCAGGGAGUUCCGUGGGGGUUGUUACCAUGGAAGGGCCACUAAGAAGAAAGACAUUACUAAAAGAAGGCAGGAAGCCUACACUUUCCUCCUGGACUAGAUAUUGGGUAACCCUUUCAGGAUCUACUCUGAUCUACUUUGGAGCAAAGUCAUUAAGAGGCACUGAAAGAAAGCAUUAUAAAUCUACUCCGGGGAAAAAGGUUUCUGUUGUGGGCUGGAUGGUAGCACUGCCUGAUGACCCUGAACACCCUGAUAUUUUUCAGCUAAAUAACCCAGAUAAAGGCAAUGUUUACAAGUUUCAGACUGGUUCAAGGUUUCAUGCAAUACUGUGGCACAAACAUUUGGAUGACGCAUGCAGAAGCAACAGGCCUCAGGUACCUGCAAACCUUAUGUCAUUUGAAUAACGUGCUCCAGUAUGUGAUGUGACUUCAAGUGCCAAACUGCAGGAUGGGAAAAUCAUUCCCACAGGAAAAUGGAGGAAGGGGACUCUAGAGUGAGCCAGCUGUCUGUAACAGUGACUUCAGCACUUUUCUUAUAUAACUUGAAAGUAAUUAUGACACAGCUUCUAAAAGCAGAAAGUGAAUGUUGUCCUUAGGACAGGAUCUAACUCAAUGCACUGAUGAGAGAGGUGAUUUAGACUGAUUGAAGAUAUAACCUGCUUAGGGCAGGAUCCUUGACUUUAGCUUUGUGGUCACAGACUACUGUGGAUUUCUGUUCUGCCACAAACUGUGCAUCACAUCUUCUGCGGAUUUUUUUUUUAACUGCUCUUUUUAUUGUUGAGCUGCUUUAUGUGACUGAAGAACAUUUAGCCCAUGUUGGGUUUUCAAUUAUUUCUAAUGCACAAAAUGAUGACAGUGUUAACUUUGCUGCAAAGUGUCAAUUAGAAUAGGACAUUGUGGAACAACGUUUUUAUAACCUUAAGUGCACUGAGUUGCUUGGCAAUGUGGCUGCCUCAGAUUUUGUAUCAAACAUAGGGACAAACCAAUGUUCAUACCUGAGCUAUUUGAGAAAUGUGUAUUUUGGCACAAGAUAAACCACCUUCAAUUUAGUGUUUGUUUCUUGUAAUUGGUUGUGCUGCUUUGUUUUAAUUAACUACAGGUGCCCAGGCAAAUGAAGGGUCUCUUGCUGCUGAAAAAUCAGUUGGUGUUAACGCUCCUCCUGGGUUCUUUCACUCCAAAAAGAAAUAUUUGCCUUAAAUUAUUUGUUUUUCUUUUUACUGUGGGUGCUAUUCAUAAAAAUGUCUAGCUGUGUGUCACCUCCCCCCGGGUCUUCUGGGGCACAGGGCAUCUGCUCGAUCAGUUAAGUUGCAAGAGCAUUCCUGCCUUGGGAUAAGGGGUUACACCCUCUCCCUUUCUCUGGGGGUGGGGGGCGGUUGCCAGUAUAUCCUUCCUGAGCCCACCUUUUUUGAUACUUCACAUACCUUUCUUUCACAGAAAAUCAGUGUUAAGGCUGUAUUCAGCAAGGAAAGAAUACAUUGAUUAUCUCCCUUUCCCUCAUUUCCUAACAUAUGAAUAGCAGUCAGUAAGCACUCAGCCACUGAACAUCUGCAAGACUACAACUAAGUGGUACAGCUUUUAAUAAACAUGGGAAGCCAUUUCGGAUUAACAGAACUCUGCAUCUGAAGAAAGCUCUGGCAAGGGCAUGCUGUCUAUUGAUCUAAUUGGAUAUUGUUAAUCUUUGAAUAUUUUUAUUUUAAAUAAUUUCCUUUAAUGUUCAAUGUCUGUUGACUGUAUUGUUUUUAAAUAUUAUGUUGUAUGCUUGUGUCAUAGAUCUAAGACUGAAAUCCAGUAUGAAACUGGCUGUCAAAGAGAACCUAGUUACUGAAUCUAGUAAGCUACCCAAAAGGGGCAAUAGGCAAUUUUACAGCAAGAUGUAUCCCCAAACACCCUUUUUACAGUUGGGAGCUGAACAGCUGGCUUUCUUGCCAAUCCAAAAGCUAAAUUCAUGAGAGUGAGGUAGUUGUAAUAGGAUAUCUAUAGGUCUAUCAACAAACUCUUAUCAUCGGCCAAUGAAUGGAAUUCUCUUUUCAGCCAUCACCAUCUCAUAAUGUGUUGGGAUACAAUUUUGAAGGGUUCUCUUGUACAGAGAGAUGGAGUUUACAUGUUUGGAUUGUUUUUUCAAGAAGAACAUUUCUCUGGAUUUGCCAUCAAAAGCAAAGGUGUAUGAUUUUGUAACUUCUCUGCAUAUAUGUGCUGAUAAUAUCCCACCUACCUGCAGGAUGCAGAAAGAGACACUUCUUGCCAGCUGAAUGAUGGUUAUUAAAAGUCUGACCUCCAAACCUCCUACUUAAUGCUGAAAAGCCAACACCAUUCUUUUAUACUAAAUAAUUAGCCUCAUCCAGGCAUGUACUCAAGUUUUAAAUGUCCGUAUUUAAUCCAGAAACUCAUUACAAAACCAUGGAUAACAUUAUCAUCACUUCUACAGUUGUAUUAAAUCAAAGGACCUUUCCGUUGACAGCCCAGCCUGAAUUUUAUCCUUUGUAACUUCCAAGGAUGCCAAAAAUGCAAGGAGCACCCACCUGAUGCAGGGAAACUAAUAAAUGGUUAAAAGGACUAGGCCUUCUCAUGCUGCCAAAGACCAAAUACUAUAGAAAGGGAAUUAUGACAUGCAUAAUUUAGUGACUCCAUUGUCAACGAAUGGCUUAAGGAAAAACAGUGGUGUUUGGGUUGCCUACCAAUCAAAUAAUCGGAUGGAGAAGAACAAUCUGUAUGGUAAAUUUUACCUCAGUCCCUUAGGGGUUAAAAUAUGCAUUGGUUAGAAUACAAACUGUAGCUCUUUCGUCAAAACAUAUUUGAAGCAAAAUAAAUUUGAACUGCUCAGAAUAAGUUCCAAGACCUAGUUAUAUAAUGAUUCAUCAGUAAUCCAGGUGCUCACAGUUAGUCAGAAGAGCAACAUUUAAACCUAAAUAAUAAAUGCUUACACUUACUGGCUUGUUCAUAAGUCAGUGUGAACCACAAACUGAAAUUACAGUGGCUACAUCCAAAAACCAUACACUAUUGAAGGCAAAGGGAGUUUAUUAGAUGCCCCUGAGUGGACAGAAACAGCUGUCAACCAUGAAGGCUGGAAAACUAGGUAAAUUAUGAGGAAAUAAGUCCCAUUGAAUCUAGUGGGCCUUCUAAGUAAGAAUGUGUGGUAUUUGGCUGCAAAACUCUUUCAGAACAAACACUUACAGAAAGCAGAUCUGUAUUUUGCUUUAUAUUUUACUUACUGGAUAAACAAGGGAAAAUAUUUUGGCUUGUGAAGAAUCCCCACAUCACAAGAAAAAUGCCUCCCAAAUCUCAUCAGCCUCCACCCUUUUACAUCAAGCACCUCAAUCCAAAGGAAUUUGGAUCAGAAAUCAGCACAGUCCUUGAUAAUGACAUUGCAUUAAUGAAAAUAACACUUGUCAUGGUGACACCCAUGAGAGGGGAAAUCUCCUUUUGUAAUGAAUGAAACUUGCAUGCAUCUGUAGAGGGGGGAAAUCUCUUGGAAUUAAGCUACUUGAAAGUCCCUCUGCAAAUCUGCAUUUGGAAUGUUUUGUUUUGUUUUUGUUUUUAAGAAAAGAAAGCAAGAACCAGUGAUGCAAAUGGCUGGCCAUGAUUUUGAUUUGUUGUAUAUGGACAUGGAAAGUUGUAGAAUAAUGAGUUGUGUGAUAUGAUGCAGUAUUCAGCAAUAUAAGCAUCUUUACUGCAGUGUUUUGAGAAGAUGAAAUAAACGAGUGUUAGUACAGUAUAUGGAAAUUGUUAUUAGCAUAAUCCACAUUUAAAUGGUUCUCGUCCUAUAAAAGCAUGAAGCUCUACUUAGCUACUGAUUUUUGUGUGUGUGCACCUUUUACUGUGAAUUCAAGUGAUGCAUAUUGGUACUAUUUAAAAUACCACCUCCCUCAAAGCAUAUCACAAAAACUGUGCCCUGGCAUGUGUGUGUGUGUGUGUGUGUAUGUGUGUAAAAAUACACACAAACUCACACUCAGCUCUUGUGCUUGAAAACAGUUCAAAUAAUUUCAAUGGUGGCAACAGAUCCACAUGUGCAAAGGCAAAUUGGCUUUGUCCUUUGAAAUGAAUAGUGGUGCUGGUGCAGGUGAGAUAACCCCAUACUGCACAUCAGUAUUCCUAUGCCCAGAACAGAUUACUGGAUCAGGUCCUAGUGAACAGUGAUAAAUGUACAAAGCUAGUCUUUUUGUUCAGCUAUUCUGCAAAAGGGUCCCUAUCAAAUUAUUUUCAGGAUGACUGUUAAUGAUUUGUUUAGCUGUAUUGAGCAAUAUUAUUUAUUAUUAAUUUAUUAGCGUGUAUGUAAUUUAAAAGUAAACUUAGUGCCAAAAUGCAUGUUUUUCCAAUUAGCACUCAGUCAAGGUAUAGACAAUAGUAUUCAAUUUUUGACCCAUUUGUCACAUUGUGAUGUAAACCAAUUUCUAUAUUUCAAUUUGUUUCUUGUGAGAACUGUUGCACUAUUUUAUUUUAUUUUUACUUUUAGCUGUAUUCCAGCAGCCCACUGCAUGCCAUUUGUGUAAGGCCUCUUUCUAAAAAAUCUUGUGAAUUGUCUCUCAUAAUAACCACUGAACUUUUAACUCUUGUGUGGGAGUCUUUUAGGUUUUUGGCACAGUAUUUUGUUACCUCAGUCUUCUAUCAGGUUGCUGUAUUUUUCAGCUUGUUACAUUGAUGAUAAUUGUUUCACUAAUUAAAAACUUUAAUGUAAAAAUAAAA